CAUUGAAUACUCAGUUCGGCACUCCACGUGCCCGACACUCGUGGUCUGUAUCCAAUUAUUUUUUCUUCAUUUUUCUAUUUCCCAUUGAAAAUUCAAUAUUUCCGAAUCAACAGCCCACGUCUCACCGACAAAUUCAUUGAUCAUUUUGUCAUUAUCUCUGACAUACGAGAAGUGAAGAUUUUUCAAUGCAAUACGUAACGAGUGGUAAUUGAAAAAAUGCAUUUGAAGAAAAUAUUACGAUGUCUGCGUCAUACUGAUGAACCUCCAGUCGCUUUGGACAUCAUUGGUGGGAAGGAAAUUGAAAGUCAACGGAGUGUUUCUGAAAAAGGCAGUCAGUGGUUGCAGUUUACUGCAGCAAUCAGCGCUUGCCUGGCUGUGAUAGGAUGUGGUGGUCAUCUCGGAUGGACAUCUCCAGCUCUGCCCUACCUCACUGGCCCAGAAAUGGCGAAUCCGAUAACGAAGGGCGAGGGUGCCUGGGUGGUUUCCUGCUACACUAUCGGGGGAAUCGUAGGUUCUCUCCUGACACCACUUGUCCUGGACAGAAUCGGAAGGAAGUACUCGCUGCUGACCUUCGCACUUCCCCAGGUCGCAGGUUGGGGUCUGAUAAUCGCAGCUAAAAAGCUGAUAGUCCUCUACGUGGCGCGUUUUAUCGCUGGAAUCGGCCAUGGUGGAAUUUUCAACUUGAUCACCAUUUAUCUCGGUGAAAUAGCCGAUAAGAAUAUCAGGGGAGCCCUCGGUACAUUUCUCAAGGUCUCAGCCAACAUUGGAACACUCUUUGUCACAGCUGUUGGCGCUUAUAUGCCGUAUUGGCAAUUAAAUCUCGUCUCGAUAUCCGUGCCCAUCAUCUUCAUGAUCACAUUCGCGUUUAUGCCUGAGACCCCGUAUUUUUACCUGAUAAAGGGAAGGACCUCGGAGGCUGAGAAAAGCCUCAUGACCCUGAGGAGACUCAAGAAUCCAGAGAGCGUGCGGGAGGACAUAAAAAUAAUGAAGCAAGCCGUUGAGGAAGGGGAGCGCAACAAGAAGAACCUUUUCAAAGAGCUCGUGCGAACGCGAGGCAAUCGUCGAGGUCUCCUGAUCCUUCUUGGCCUGAAGGCAACACAACAGUUCUCAGGACACAUGGCACUUGUAGCUUAUACCCAGGAAAUCUUCUCCCACAGUGGCUCAUCCUUGCCACCGGAGCAGGCAGUUGUUGUCCUCGGUGUAUGCCAAUUAGUCGCUGGUUUUGUAGCAGCUGGACUGGUUGAUCGUCUCGGUAGACGAUUCCUCAUGUUGCUCUCAGGUCUAUCAGCAGCAGUGGCUCUUGUAGCCGUUGGUGUAUUCUUCUACCUCAAGUAUCAUCUCCAGGCGGAUGUCUCCUCCAUCACGUGGUUGCCGAUAGCAGCGCUGAUUGCCUACGACGUAAUGGAAGUACUCGGUAUUGGUACACUGCCGUACGUGCUCCUCGGGGAAUUAUUUCCAACGAGUGUCAAGGGCACUGCUGUCGCCCUAGGUAUUGUCGUCGGAUCGGUAUUUGCGUCCCUCGUUGGUCUUGGAUUCCAAGCGAUGAAUACAACUGUAGGAAUUCACUGGACAUUCUGGAUAUUCGCUAUAUGCUGCGCCAUCGGGACUUUGUUCGUUUAUUUCAUAACACCUGAGACCAAGGGGAAGACCCUCGAGGAGAUUCAGCUCAAGCUCAAUCCACCCAAGAGCUCCCAGCCUGCUUUACCUUGAAUUAUGGGGCUUUAGAGAUUACUCAGAUAUCUGUGAUACAUGUUCUUUAAUAAAUUAUUUAUUUUUUUGAUAUUAUGAGGGAUGUUCGGGAUGACGAUCUGUUCAAGUCUUUCAUAUUGCAGGAAUUUUAAUAAAUA